CAAUACUACCAACCUAACGAAUUGGCCUCCAUUUUGGGGCAGCUGAUAUUUGUUUGCGUAAAAUUUUUGUCUCAAAACAGCCUUUAUUGUUUCAAAAUGGGUGUUUCAAUCCUCCCCAUCGCUAUUUUCACCGUUUUCUGGGGUGUCGUGGGUAUCGUAUGCCCAUUUUUUGCCCCUAAAGGACCAAACAGAGGGAUUAUCCAAGUGGUCUUGAUGUUAACAGCGUCGACGUGCUGGUUAUUCUGGCUGUGUGCAUACAUGGCACAAAUGAAUCCUCUGAUUGGGCCCAGACUUAGUAACGAAACCCUCAUUUGGAUCUCUCGCACUUGGGGCAACCCCAUCCCGAAGUAAGUGAAGAACACCCCGUAACAAACUGGCGAAGAAAUGCUUCGUUAGCAUUUUAGUGCUGAAACUUAUUACCUACGUUAAUUCUGUAACAUUUAUAUUGUAAAUAAUAUCAAG